AUGGUCAGGUCUGCUCAUGAGGGAGAGCCAUGUGCAAAGGGGCUGCUGGUGGCGGCCGUGGCAGACGGCAGCCACUGGCAGCGUGUCUUGAAGCUGCUCGCUGAAAGCACAUCGCCCCCGGAAACAGCUCCAGUCCCGGAUUUGAUCUGCUUCGGUGCAGCACUUUCGACUGUCGGCAAGGCAAAAGCAUGGGAGGCGACCGUGCUCAUAUUGAGAAUCAUGAAGGAUGCGGGCGUGGAGUGCGACACGCAGGGUUUGAAUGCGGUACUGAACGCCUGCAGCAAGAGCACUGCAUGGGAGGCAGCACUCGGCGUGAGGUGGCGUUUUGGAAGUUUGGCCAACACGAUGAGCGACGGAAUGGUCAUGAACGCGCUCGCCAAGGCCGCUCAAUGGACUAUGGCACUGGCCUUGCUAUGGGAGCCAGGGUUACAGGCAAAUACCAUAAUUUUCAGCUCUGCUAUCAGUGCGUUCGCGGCUGAUGGCAGGUGGAGACUGGCCCUGGCCACACUCGACACCAUGAGGGAGCAGUUUGUAGAGACAAACGACAUCACAAUGAAUGCCGCGAUCUUUGCUUGUGUCAAUGCUCGCCGUUGGGAGGAAGCACUGCGCCUUCUUGCAGACACGUCUAGACUCAGGUUGGCGACAAGGAUUUCCUACAGUUCUGCAAUCAGUGCUUGUGAGCAUGCAGGGAGAUGGGACGUCGCUUUGGCAUUGCUGCAACGACUUGGCGACGCACACCUGCAGACCAAUGCUAUUUGCUUUGGAGCUGCACUCAGCUCCUGCGUUCGGCGUGGCAGCUGGCACGCCGGACUGGCCCUGCUUGACUCAAUGUCAUCUGACAAUGCCAUCGCUGACACCACCAGUAUCAGCUCCGCCAUCAGCGCAUGCGAAAAUGCCGGCAAGUGGGGUGCAGCAUGGCGCUUGUUGGCACAGAUGACAGCAAAUGGGUCCAGGAGGGACACGAUUGCCUACAAUGCAGCCGUCAACUCUUGUGAAGCGAGCUUACAAUGGACCAGAUCCGUUGAACUCUAUGCCAGCAUGGGCAGCGACGCCGUUCAACCUUCGUCUUCAACAUUCAACGCAUUGCUCAACGGAUUUCAUGCGUCCUGGGUCGCGGCCGCAUCGCAGCUGGGCAGGAGCUCAGGCGGUCUGGGAAACCCAAGCUGGGCACAGGCAGUGGCGGUUCUCCACAACAUGUUUGGGAAAAGGUUGUGGCUGAACGGUGUCCAUGCUGGCCUUUGCAUCGACAUUGCGAUGAAGGAAGUCGACGUGUCAACUGCGCACGGGCUUGGCCAGCAGUUCGCGCAACAGUGGGUCCAACAGGCGGAGCUUCCUGCUGCCUCGGUAUCACUUCCGCAUCGUGACGAUGUUCUCCUCUCAGCUCCAGGAAUCGUGGCUGUUGCCAAGCCACCCGGCAUCGCGAGCCAAGAUAUGCUGGCCGACUUGCAGAAAGCCAGCAAGCAGAAGUUGACUACUGUGUCUCGGUUGGACCUUCCAACAUCGGGUGUGCUGGUCGCUGCAGUCGGGGACGAAGACUCCGCUGCCGCUAAAUGGCUGCAGGCCCAAUUUUCUGGUCGGUUGGUCUCAAAGGAGUAUCUAUGUUUGUGCCAUUCGGAGCCCCCAGCGCCGGAGUUCGAAGUGUCCACUCCACUCCGAGUGGUGACAAUGGGACCGAUGGACGACGAGAAGACGCGAGUUUUUGUGGACCAUAAGGGGCGAGAAGCAUACACGCGCUGCAAAGCCUUAGCGGUACAGGAAGUAUGUUCGCCAGCUGGCAGACUGCGCUUGAGUUUGCUUCGGGUCUUCCCGCGCACAGGCAGAACGCACCAAAUACGAGCCCACUUAGCGAGCAUUGGCCUUCCGCUUUUCGGGGACACCAUCUAUGGCAAGUUCGUCACGCAGGACAUGGCUAAUUCGGUGCCUGGCCUGCGAGACUACGCUGACAGACUGUUCCUGCAUUGCCGGCGGCAAUCUCUUCUGAGUUUGGAUGGAAAGCAGCUGGAAUUAGAGGCGCCCUUGCCUGAUGACUUGAUGACGAUCCUUGCGAUCCUGGGCCCUGAAGUUGAUUGGAUGGCGCUGAUGGAGAGAGCCAAAAGCAGCGUGCUACAACUCACCUGUCCAGAUGAAGUCGGCCCUGGGAUGCUAGUCUCCUUCUCGUACUAUCCCAUCGAGGAGAGGCCAGAGGAAUGUGCCACGGGAGUUGAUAUCCACGAUGAUGAUAGGGCCCGGCUUGAGGAGGGAGCAGCUAUUGCUGCAGCCAGGCAAGAAGAGCUGAGCGCUCAAGGGGUCGUCAUGGCAGUACCCCCUCCUCCUAUCGGAGAGUUCACGGGUUUUUCCUAUCCUGCGGCCUCUUUUGCUUCAGGUCAAAAUGCCAUAGUCACCCGAUCCAGCGGAGAGGAGUCCGGUUGCUACAUCUUGGAGGUUUUCCUCACCGCCCUCGGGCCUUUGUACACCGUGUAUUUAGGCCAAGCGGAAGACGGAAGUUAUAUCACAAAGAAUUGUGAAGAGGCAGAUCUGCGGCCGUGUCUCGACCACACUCCGAGAGCCGAGACAUUGCUAAUUCUCGUGCCCGCUUUUAUAAGGUACCCGGUCACCUGA